GCGACAUCCGUAUAAUAUUUGGUACGUGUCUUUUCUAUCUAUAGUGGGUGAGGCAUUUCUUUCUGGAUGAAGGUCUUAUCUUGGGACGGUUAGGAGUGUGAAUAAUUUUUUGUAUUAAGUUCUCUUACAUAACGACAGUUUAUGCCGGAGCGUAAGUAUGGGGAGCAUUCGAGAACUGAUCUCUACAGGCCAAAAAGAUUCAGACUUCCUUAUGUUCAGGCAGAUUUCCUAUCGCAUUUUCUCAUCAAAAUUAUCCAGCAUGGCUUCUAGAAAAUCAGGAAAAGAAGCAAUUAUACACAUCAAAGGAGUUAUCUUUGACCUUGAUGGUACAUUAACUUUACCUGUAUUAAAUUUCACUGAACUUCGCCGCCGUCUAGGCUGCCCUCCACCUCCUUAUGAUCUAUUAGAGUUUGUCAGACAGCAGCCUGAGAAACAGAAAAUAAGAUUGUACCAAAUCAUAGAGGACUUUGAAGAAGAGGGUAAUAGGAAUAUGAAGUUGCAGCCAGGAGUUCGUCAACUUCUCAAGUUUUUAGCCAGUCAAGGACUGCACAGGGCAAUCGUUACUAGGAAUGCCCAGCCUUGUGUAGAUUAUCUCCUGGAUGUGCUUGGUGAUCCUGAGUCCUACGGGGGUCCAUUUACACAUAUGCUAACACGGGAUUUUAAACCAACCAAGCCUGACCCCGCCCCUGUGCAGUAUAUCUGCCGACAGUGGGGUAUUCCCCCUAGCCAAGCAAUCAUGGUCGGUGAUCACCUUCAUGAUAUACAAAGUGGGAAUACUGCAGGCGCAGUUACAAUUCUAGUUAAUAACAAGAAGAAUGGAGCAUACAAAAAGGAAUCAGACUUCAAUGUUGACUUACUGGAGGGCAUUAUCAACCUUCUCAAGAACAGUCCAUUCACUGUGAAUAGAUCCCCAUCUGCACCCCCUGCACCUAUAGAAGGAAGCUAGGGAAAGUGUAGCAUAGGAUAAACUGUACGAUAUCAUACGCUUUAUCUUAAAUUUUUGCUCUUACUGUACCCAAGAUAACCACAAUUGGAAAAAGCAUGAAAUCUUAUGUUUCUCCUUAAAGUCUGUAGAUCCCACUUGUGGGAUGAUGUUGUUUUGAAUAUUCAAAACUCUCAUCAGUUUACAAAUACAACUUUCCCUGUACUAUUUGUUACUUUUAAGAAUAACUCUCAGACGUUUCGAUUGAAGGAUGGAUUGAAAUUCACUGUGGUUUGAGUGGAUUUUUGUAGAUCAAUCCUGAGAUGAAAAUUUAAUUUGCAUACAAUUUUGCAGCCUACAAAACCAUGUCCUGCAAGUCGGAUCUACAGGCUUGUUAUUAGCAUUUAAACAUAGGUAAAGUUAUCAAAAUUAAAUGCUGAGUCCUGCACAUGAAUAAUUAUUUUAUAUUUCUGUGCUGUAGCAGGCAUCGAAAUAUUGUGGGGUCGGGGGGGUGGGGGGGCACAAUACAGAAUCAUUAAGAAAAUCUUUAGGGGCACAGCCACGCCCCUACUGGUCAUUUCCUUAUAACUUUUGGAAAUAUUGGGGGGGGGGGGGGGGGGUAGGGGUAGGGCAAGUAUCCCCAGUGCCCCUCCCCCUGCUAUGGCCCUGUAUUUAACCCAAGACUUUUUGUGUCUUGUUUCUUUGCCCUGAAGUGGAGCAAACAUAGAAAUUAAAAUUCAAUGAUUGAGAAAAGCAUCAUGAAUUCAUUGAAACAGGGAUGGAUACGGAAAGUUAAUCAUGCAAUAUUAAUCAACAUGCUUGAUAAAUGUAUGGUCAAAUUGUUGAAUGAGUUUAAAAUGAUUGGAGCUACUAAGUUAUAAAGUACUAUUUUAGGAGGAAUAGAAUUUCUAUAUGAAGUAUUAUGCUUCCAAAAUUUACAUUUUUAUACUUGCUGCAUGAGUUUCUAAGUAUAGAAUUUGUUUUACAAUAUAGCAGGGUUUAUUUAAAAAUACAUUAAUUCAUCGAUUACAAUUUUGUACUUAUGUAAAUAAUUAUCAGUGUAUGAAGGUGUUUUGUACUAGGAACCAAUAAAUGUUGAAUGCUAUAAUUACUAGUAGAAGGAAAGGAAUAAGGGCAUACAGCCUCAAUAUUACAUUUAAUGUAAAUGAUCUUAUAAACACUCCAUAUCUAAAGAACGCCUCCUAUAUAAUCUUACCUAUCCUCCUACCUAAGCUUACUAGUUUGUAUUAAACGACCCUUUCUAAUAAACACCUCUCUAUUUAACGCCAACACCCACCCUCCAAGCUUAAAAACAAAUUUCCUAGGAAUCCCAGUAAUAUAAAUCAAAUUCAAUUGCCUUCUUGCUUAAAAUCUGACCUUGGCUUCUACUGGGUGAGACUUGCUUAAUGCCAAGAAACGCAGGCUAUAAUUUAAGGUGCUCCUGUUGUACGUGUUGUGCUGAUUGAAAUCAUUAUAUGAUUGUAGGGUCGUAAUCCCCAAAACGUACAGGAAAAUAGAACGCAUAAUGCAUGGAUACGUAGAGCCCAUUGUAGCCUGCGUGCAUCCGGUAUCCGAUCCGAUCGGAAAAAAGGUUAAGCUUGCGUUUACCGAAUGUGCGCGGCUAAGCUUGUGGCCAUGUACGAAUAUUGAGGUCUGUAACAUAAUCUUUUGUGGUUUUAGUAAUAGUCCCGCUAAUCGAGUAUUGAGGUCUGUGACAUGUUCUUCGAUUAUAAAUAACAGUCUGCUAGUCAAAGGUUUUUUUUUCCCACAUUGCAGCCUCUAAAUGGAAGAAUUACACAAGAAGAGGCGCAAGACGUCCGUAAAACGUGAUUUGGCCAGUUUUCGGUCCGUGAAACGUGAAAAGCCAUUUGCCCGGUCCAUGAAACGUGAUCCAUACACCCCCUUUACCAGCCUGAUAUAUGAGACAACUAUGACCAAGGAAAAAAAUAGUUUGCGUUAUCGGGAAUUUGAUUAGGCAGUAGUGGUUCGAUUUUGAGACCCAAUUUUCUGGCUUACGAUAAUUUGUCACAGGGGGUGGCCCAGGGGGCCCGGGCCCCCUCUUCUAGCAGCCAAAAAUACAGUAAUGUAUGACUAGACAUUAUCUAUACAGGAGAAAAUACCUUGGAAGGGCCUUUUGGGCCCACUCCUGUUAAAAAAAAACCUGGCUACGCCGCUAUAAUUGUUUCCAUUAAAUGAUUAUAACACUCAGACACGAAUAAUCUUAUAGCUUCAAUCCGACAUGGAGUGUUACAAAAGUAAUACAGCAUCCAGAAAAAAUGCAACCUUUUGAUAACCGAUCUAAAGGGUGAGAGCAUGCUAGCAGGGAACAUGUCCAAGGGAAACAGCAUAAACACCAGCCAGUAUUGCCGAACAACAAAACUGUCAUGAAAUCAAUUACUAGUGCUCUCCAAACAAAUGAUGUUCAUUUUUUAGAUUACGGUAAAAAAGGAUUCUCCCUUCACUUCCCAGUUUUAAAUAGUUAAACUAGACCCUGCGCGCAGGGUUGACUGGGAUACCUGAGAUCUGCAACUUGUUUGUGUGACAUGUAUGACAACGAUUUUACUGCCUACUUUGGAUAUAAUAAAACAAUAUAUAUA